GGAAUGCAACAUUACAGCGAUGCGUACAGCCUUGAGGAAAAUAGAAGAUUGGAUACUUUCGAGAGACUGGUCGCAAAUUUCCCAGACUACCUUGCCCAAGUGAUUUCCGCGUCCGCAAACUCAGUCGUCACAACACGAGAACAGAAGCAGCAAGGCAAGGGUCCCGAAGAUUUAGUUCAAACGACUUCGAAACGAAACCUAGUCGAGGCCCAUCUCAAAUCAACAGGAGCUGUUGCGGGCGAUCCACUAACGGGGUCAUCUUUAUUUGAAAACUUUUACUUCCUAG